AUGUCGGAUUCUGGAGAGGUGGCUGAAGCAGAAUCAUAUCAAGAUAGCGGAAUCCAGAGGCCCGAAUGGGAUGUUUAUCCGCAAACAAUAUACAAAUUUGACUACAACACUACCAAAGUCGGAAGCGGACUCAUAUUCAGAUUAUCGGAUGAGGUUUUAAGCAAAAGGGUAAGGAGUUACAUGGUCAGUGGUAUGAGAAUCACAGUUUGUGGAGUGAUCUUGUCCCACAUAAAGGGUUUUCCUUCGGUGUUGCUGGUGCAACGGGAAGGAGAUAGGAGUCUUGGAUUACUAGGGGGCAAGUGCAAGAGUUUCGAGAAUCCAAAGGAGGCGCUCUCUGCGAAACUGGCCAGAUUCAUAACCUCAACCAAGCACAGACAUCAGAUAAACAUCAAAGAAGACGUCGAAAACAUACAAGUUGGUGAUUUGCUAGGUGAUUUGUGGAGAUGCGACUUCAAUACAGAGCCUCUGCCUUACCUCCCAUUACAUUCAAAUAGACCCAAAGAGAAGAUUUCUCUAUACCAAGUUACUGUCUCGGAGAAUUGCAAAAUUAGCGUUCCUAGAGGAUUCACUCUUAGAUUUGUACCUUUAUAUGAUUUUUACAAUCCAGAAUUUGGAUUGUCGAUUGGCGCUAUUCCACACCUCUUAAGCAGAUUCAACAUCUCGUAUAUGUAUGAUUGA